AUGUCGACUUCCCUCUUCCGAGGCGCUUCGCGCCUCCUCCGAUCUGUGCCAAGACGGUCAUCAUACCUUCAACAGAGUGGCGCGCCGUUCAGACGAUGCGUGUCUUCGCUGAACGUCGAGAGCCAGCAGAAAGUGCGCGAAGGAUCAACUCCUGUCGCUCCAGAGUCUGCCCCUGCUGACAAGGUCGCUGAACAACAGUUGCUGGCCUCCCAUCUGAAGGAGGCCGACCCGGUCAUGUAUGAGAUCAUAGAAAAUGCAAGUACACCCUCACUUAUACCCGUGGGCCCCAUCGCGGUGGAGCGAGCUGCGGAUAGAGAGAAGAAGAGACAAAAGCACUUUAUCAACCUUAUUCCUUCCGAGAACUUCACAUCUCAGGCCGUUCUGGAUGCCUUAGGCAGUCCUAUGCAGAACAAGUACUCCGAAGGAUAUCCCGGAGCUAGGUACUAUGGCGGCAACGAGUUCAUCGAUCAGUCGGAGAGAUUAUGCCAACAGAGAGCAUUGGAGACCUUUGGUCUGGACCCAAACCAAUGGGGAGUUAAUGUACAAUCCCUUUCUGGCGCGCCCGCCAAUCUUUAUGUCUAUUCGGCCCUGCUGGACAGCCACGACCGUCUUAUGGGCCUCGACCUUCCUCACGGCGGACAUCUCUCGCACGGUUACCAAACACCGACCAAGAAGAUUUCCAUGAUCUCAAAAUAUUUCGAAACCCUUCCAUACCGUCUCGACGAGUCAACGGGUUACAUUGACUAUGCGAAAAUGGAGGAGCUUGCGACGCUCUACCGUCCCAAGAUCCUCAUUGCGGGCACAAGUGCCUACAGCCGCCUGAUCGACUACGCACGCAUGAAAGAGAUCGCCGAGAAGACCAACGCCUACCUUCUCGCCGACAUGGCACACAUUUCUGGCCUCGUAGCCGCGAAGGUGCUUCCCAGCCCCUUCUCCUUCGCCGAUAUCGUGACCACCACCACGCAUAAGUCUCUCCGAGGGCCUCGCGGCGCAAUGAUUUUCUACCGAAAGGGAGUUCGCCGUCAGAACCCCAAGACGAAGGAGGACGAGCUGUACAACCUCGAGGGCCCAAUUAACUCGUCUGUCUUCCCGGGACACCAGGGCGGUCCCCACAACCACACUAUCGCCGCGCUGUCCGUCGCGCUCAAGCAGGCGCAGACGGCAGAGUUCCGCGGAUACCAGGAACAGGUUCUCACCAACUCCAAGGCCCUGGCUAAGAGGCUGGGAGGAGACAAGAGCAAGGGUGGGCUGGGCUACAACCUUGUGAGCGGCGGCACGGACAACCACCUGGUGCUGGUGGACCUCAAGCCGCAGGGCAUCGACGGCGGGCGUGUCGAGCGCGUGCUCGAGCUCGUCGGCGUCGCGGCCAACAAGAAUACCGUGCCCGGCGACAAGUCGGCGCUCUCACCCGGCGGGCUCCGCAUGGGCACGCCGGCCAUGACGACCCGCGGGUUCAGCGAGGACGACUUUUCGCGCGUGGCGGACAUUGUGGACCGGGCCGUGGCGAUCGCCAGCCGUGUCAACAAGGCGGCGCGCAAGAACGCCGAGGAGAAGGGCAUCAAGCUGCCCGGAAGGGUGAAAGUGUUCCAGGACUACCUUGGGGACGGCGAGAACGAGCCCGAGAUAGUCCAGCUCAAGAGCGAGGUGGCCGCCUGGGUCGGGACUUACCCUCUGCCCUGGGACGUGAGGUCGUGA